GUCGGGCACCGGGACACUACAUGCCAGCAUCAUCCAUGCUGAAUAUCUGGAGGGGAAACUGACUGACAGACCUGGAAAGACAGGAUAGCAAGUGAACACGAUGUCGGAGAAAGGUUCGGCCAGCGAUAUGAAGAAUGCGAUCGAGGGGGAUUUGAAGAGGUCUACGCAGGAUCACGACUCUAAGACGGCAGACGAGGACGACUUGGAGGCAGCAGCUCCCAGCAGGGUGUCCAGAUCUCCGCAGAAGACCUCCAAACGACCAAAGACGGCGCCGGUGAAAAUCACGCUGCUCGAUGGCACUGAGUAUGAGGUGGAGGUGGAGAAAUUCGCCCGAGGCCAGGUCUUGUUUGACACGGUGUGCGACCACCUCAACCUGUUGGAGAAGGACUAUUUUGGGCUGAGCUUCUACGAGACGGACACAAAGAACUGGCUCGACCCAUCAAAGGAGAUCAAGAAACAAAUCCGGGUGGGCUCGUGCCAGUUUGCCUUUGCUGUCAAAUUCUACCCCCCAGACCCCUCCCAGCUCAUCGAGGACAUCACCAGGUACUACCUGUGUCUGCAGUUGCGGGACGACAUCCUGUCGGGGCGGCUGCCGUGUUCGUUCGUCACGCACGCGCUGCUGGGCUCCUACGUGGUGCAGGCCGAACUCGGCGACUACGACCCCGACGAGCACGCCGCCGACUACGUCAGCGAGUUCCGCUUCGCCCCCAGCCAGACGCGAGAGCUGGAGGAGAGGGUGAUGGAGCUGCACCGCACCUACAGGGGGAUGACUCCUGCUGAGGCCGAGAUCAGCUUCCUGGAGAACGCCAAGAAGCUGUCAAUGUAUGGCGUAGACCUGCACCAUGCUAAGGACUCGGAGGGCAUUGAGAUCAUGCUGGGCGUGUGUGCCAAUGGGCUGCUAAUAUACCGUGACCGACUGCGGAUCAAUCGAUUCGCCUGGCCUAAAAUCCUCAAAAUCUCUUACAAGCGCAGUAACUUCUACAUCAAGAUACGGCCAGGAGAGGUAGAGAAAAGCAAGUAUGAGCAGUUUGAGAGCACCAUUGGCUUCAAGCUGCCUAACCACAGAGCUUCAAAGCGCUUGUGGAAGGUCUGCAUCGAGCACCACACAUUCUUCAGGUUGGUGUCUCCUGAGCCUCCGCCGAAGGGCUUCCUGGUGAUUGGCUCUAAGUUCCGGUACAGCGGGCGCACCCAGGCCCAGACGCGACAGGCCAGCGCCCUGAUCGACCGGCCCGCGCCCCAGUUCGAGAGGUCCAUCAGCAGGAGGUACCUGCUGUCCCGCAGCCUGGACGGAGCGGCAGCUCUGGGCGAUAUGGACCGCAUGUCCCAGAGCAGCUCGAGCGCCCGCACCCCCAUACCCCCGCAGGACGACCUGGACCAGGACCUGGACCAGGACGAAGACGCUGACCAAGACUACGAUCAGUACCAAGAGCAGGACCGCAUGUCAGAAGAGGGCGCCCCCGCCAGCCGAGGAGUGGAACUAAAGACGGACGAGGCUGGCUCUCCGGUAGACGCUAAGGCUGAGCCUUUCCUGGACAAGCCAGAGGACGUCCUCCAGAAGCACCAGGCCAGCAUUAACGAGCUGAAGAGGGCACUCCGGGAGCCCAACAGCAAGCUGGUCCACCGGGACAAACGCCAGUCCAGCGUGUCCCCGGGCAGCACCCCUGAGAAGAAAGCCGAGGCGGUUGGCGCGCCUACCAUUCAUGCCGAGAGUCUAGCUGAAUCUCAGAGGGAGCCGUGGGAGCGGCGGCUGGGGUCGGUCUCGGAGGACGACCCGGAGCACGAGCUGCUCUACCCGAAAGAGACUCACCUGGGCAUCGAGCGCAAAUGCUCCAGCAUCACGGUCAGCUCCACGUCCAGUCUGGAGGCCGAGGUGGACUUCACGGUGAUCAUGGACCUGCAGACGGGCAUGGAGGAGUUCUCCAGGGGCAUGACCGAACUGGGCGAAAAAGACCUCCUGGCUGAGUUCCCCGAGGCGUCGCACCACAGCUCUGCGUGGAUCAUGGGAGCCGAGAAGAUUGUGCUCCCAGAAGAAGCCCCACCAGUAGAGCCUCCCAAACGCCCAGAGCCAUUUGUGCCCAAAAAGGCGCCGCGUACGGCGCUGGCCCAGAGAGCCAAGAAAGAGGCCGCUGAGCUGACCUCGAUUCAGGCGGCGAGGAAGGAGCCGGCGGCGGCGGAGGGGACUCAUCUCCCGCCGCAGCCCGUGAGCCGGGAAGGCAGCGACAUCGUUCCCCACGCCGUGAGGAGAACCGGCGUCAAGGUCGAGACGCAACCCAACGGGUCAGAGGUCACCACGACCAUCAUGGAGUUCACUGACCAAGAUCACAGGGGGAGCGCAAUCAGAGAGGCUUCCUAUUCAGUCACAGAGAGCGGCUCACCCAUCAACAUUGGCACGUUCACCAGAGAGGGUUCAGGGUCUCCGCUGAUCGUGGCAGAGAAUGUGACAUCGGCGACCACAACCCAUGUGACCAAGACGGUCAAAGGGGGCUACUCGGAGACAAGGAUUGAAAAGAGGAUCAUCAUCACUGGAGACGAUGACGUAGACCAGGAUCAGGCGCUCGCGAUCGCAAUAAAGGAAGCGAAGCAGCAACACCCUGACAUGUUGGUAACCAAGGCUGUAGUUGUCAGGGAAACAGAAUCUUCCACUCAAGAUCCACACGAAGAGUGUUAGUCUAAAAUGUCCGGGAACCUGCUCAGAAGAAUUGUCCUACUGUGAAUCUACUACUGUCUUUAACCACUGCCAGUUGGUCUUGGAUACUACACUCCAACAUCUCUCUCUCCUCCCAGGGUCUCUGUCUCCAGGACUGCCUCUGAUGGAUCUACAGUACAGUACCUUGCCUCUCCAGUUUUACAGUCCGAGGCAGUAACGUAAAGACGAUGCCCCUGGGAUACAUCCCCUUCUCUCUUCCUCUAUCUGACCCCAGUCUUGUUCUACAUGGUUUUAUUAUUCCCUGAGCGCCUGAACUCAGCCAACGAUUAAGAACAUUCUGAGCAGUUUUAUUGCCUGAUACUUCAAUGUUUUUUUUCCUGUGCUACAUCACACAAUAAACUGCUGUUUCAAUGUGUUUCAUUUGCAAAAAAUAGACACUGAUGACUGAAGUUAUGAUGAGUUAUUUGUUUUUCUUUUCUGUGAGUAUACAGUUGUCUACUGAUAUACUGAAAUAUAUGAAAUGUCAGCCAGAUCAAUGAAUAGAGUAGGUGAAAUGCCUGUUAAAAAGAUGUCUAUGUAAACCAUUUUACUAGCAAGAAAAAAAACUAAUGAUUUUAAGUGCACACGUUUGUUUGCAUGUACUAGUUGAGCAGAUGUUCUUCUGUGGUGGGGGGGAAAUCUUGGUUCACUUGACAACUUUCAAACUGUGGACGAGUGAAUCACACUGGAAAAGCCAAAACCCAGCCGCACGGAUCAGUAAGCUCAUCCGUGUGAUUCGGAGCAAGCGAACACGAAAAAGGCACAGAUCAAAAGACGCUGGAAACUGCCUGUGCCAUUAGUGUUAGUGAUACACUGCUGUGUCUGGUGUCCCUCAGCGCUUGCCGUAGCUGGGAGGACACGGCUGAGUGACAGACAGCCGCUGUACUGCUGUUCACCCUGUCUCUGAGGGACGUCGUCUAGUGGGAUAAAAAUAUCUCACCAUCCCAGCUCACCUCGCCAGAUUAAGUGGAACGUCAGAUAACAACACUGUUUCCUUGGAGAUUACUUAGAAGAUGAGGAUGCAUCAGGACCAGAUGCUCUGAUCAGGACCAUCUCCGAUCAACUGGGGGUCUUGGUGAUCUGUUCGCAAAAAUGUUCUGGGAAAAAAAAGAGGAGAUUCUUUUAUGUCUGCUUGCUAUUUAAUGAGAAUUGUCAAAAACGCUCUGAAAACUCUUGAAUAUUUUAGGAUUACUUUUGGAUAGAUGAUAGUGUAAUCUUGUUAGUUUUAUUCAGAGGUUGAACAUUGUUGGAGACCUGUAUUCUGAGCCUGUCUGAACUGAUUGAAUAUACAUCUGUAUAAAAUGAGCAGGGCAAAAUGAGAAGCAAAACCCAUCACGAAAUUAGUCAUCUAUGAUCGAAACUCUUACGUGCAUGCAGUCGUUACUAAAAAAAAAAGCUUUAAGUUGCCCUGAGUAAUGGGCAAUGCUUUUAUUUUCUUGUAAAGUUGUUACCCUCUGAGAUCUGACUUCAUCAUCAUAACAAUGGGGGACAGGGGAGUCUGCGUUUGAAGUCUUGAAAAUAAAUUGAAAAAAAAAGGGUUUACUAAGCAGUGGAUUGUAUAGGACUUUGUGAGGUCACUGUUGUGAAGCCACUAUACAUAAACACAAACAUCAUGACAUUGUUUAGAAUACGUCAUCCUUGUAAUCUUAGCGUUUGAAGUAUUUUUCAUGAGAAAAUCCAUUGAUGCCAACUCGGAACCCCUACAGAACAGGAGUUCAAUCCGUUUGUUCACUUUGAUCCGUUUCAACUGAAGUCAUCGGUGACUGGUUGUCAGUGAACUCUUGACUGUUUUCUUUACGUUGUGUAGAGCUGACCAUAAUCCUAACCUGUGAUUGGUGUCUGGAACUGUAACUAUUGAAGUGAAGUGACCCCGUGCGAUCCUGUGCCAUGUGAUCUGUCUGUACGAGUGUUCUGAAGCACGGGCCCCUAUCCAAGGCUGUCCCUUCCUGUGGUGUCUCAUAAGAGUGUGUGGGUAGUUUUUUUUUUAAUUAUUAUUUUUUUAAAUUAAUCUCCAAUGUGCCGAAAUUCACAAAGAAUGCCAAUGAGAUAGAUCACCAGAUUAGUUUGUCUGCCUGGUGGUCUUUCCGAUCUCUAUGAUGAUGUUGAGGUAUACGGAUCCUAAGCUGUGUUGUAUAAAAGGAGGUUGUAGUGAGUGAAUGACUUGAGCCUACCAUACUUUAUGCCCUAGCAGGUUUUUAAUUGCAUUGGGUUUGAAGUCGCUGUCUUGAAGCCUUACAGUGCUAGUCAGUGUGAUUUACAGAACUGCAACACUGACCACUCCAUCCUCAAAACUGGUUGAGGCUUUCAGGCCUGGCUGAUAAAAUACAGACGUAAAAGCCCCCCCCCCCUCCUCCUCCUUUCCACUUCCCCUUCCCCUUUUUUACAAUCUUCCUACUCCAUUCUUCUCAUUGCUCUGUGUGUGAUAUGUACAGUGUAUCAGCCUCCCCUCUAGAUCAAACAAAUAAAUGAG